UCUUCACUUCAGUCGAAGAUUUGAGCUAACGAGGUGAAGUUCUUACUGUAUCAGACAUCCCGAAUAUCUCGUGCCGGAUUGAACAGUUUCUGUGAUCCUUCCAAAACCCAUCAGUGCCUCUCAGUGUGUCUCGCGGUGUGAACUGUCAGCCAAGAUGUCGCGAUCGUUUCUAGUGGACUCGUUGAUCAGUGAUAAGCCAGCGCCAGUGGUGAAGAAAAGUUUCCCCUAUGCGGGACCCUUCACACAACUCCCAGUGACUCCGCCGGGUGCCACACUGCCCUACUCGGCUUGCUACGUUGGGAGCUAUCUGUUCUCGCUCGGAUUACAACAGCAGCAGCAGCAGCAACAACAGCAACACAUGCUCCAACAUCAUCCCCAGCACAGCCUGUUCCCACCCUCGACCGCAUUGCCACACACACCCACCAACCAGCCCAUAGUUCCGUUCUGGCAAUCGGACGCCAAACUCGAGCUGUCUCCGAAGCUCUACCAACCGACGGAUGUCUCACCGCCGAAGCUAUCCCCCAAGGAGGACUACUACCGCAAACUGUACCGCUGCGAAAAGACUCCGGAGCGAUACGCCCCGUACACAGUCACCGGACGUCCCGCCACCGAACCUCAACCAUCGUGUGCCAGUGUAUCGGCUGCAGCUCCCACCAUUCCUUCGGGGAGUCCUUCGCCAACGCGCUCCAGCGAUCUCUCCCAAACGUACACCAUCGAUGACGAGCUGUCCAGCAAGCGAAUCCGUACGGCCUUCACCAGCACCCAGCUACUCGAGCUGGAGCGUGAGUUUGCCGGCAACAUGUACCUUACCCGUCUGCGACGCAUCGAGAUCGCCACGCGGCUUCGACUGUCCGAGAAGCAGGUCAAGAUUUGGUUCCAGAACCGUCGCGUUAAGCGCAAGAAGGGUGAUGCUCCGUUUGGGGCCGAACUUGGUGCAGUAGCGUCCACAUCGGGAGGUCGUCAUUCGCCGAAGGAACACCAGCACGGUCAGCACUGCUGUUGCCGCGGUACACACUGUGGCGGAGGUUCCGAUUCGGAGGAUCUACUCCUGCGCGCGUCGGAAGAACGGACCACGGGUUCUCCCGUCGGCAGUCAGCAGCAGCAGCAGCAGCAGCAGGAGAAAGCGUGGGACUUUAGCAAAGCCUAUCAGCAUUAGGCAGCCGCUUAAGCUGUUUUCUAAGCCACAACCCAGUGAAGAUUCUGUACAUAGAAGCCGUAGUUCGUUGUACAUAACAAACGUUAGAGAGAGAGAGAGGGAGAGAAAUGAAGUGAAUUUAUAAGAUACGUUGCGAUACGAGUUUAGAUAUUUUUA